AUGGAAAGCAUAGCUGUAAUUGGAGUCUCAUGCCUAUUUCCUUCAUUAAAGUUUACAAUUGGAACUAAAAGGAAAAUAGUCUUUUUGUUUACAAUUCUCUUUGCGAUUUUGCUACUUAGCCUCUAUUUUUUUCAGCGAGCACCUACAUAUUAUGAUCUUCUAAAAGUAAAAAGAGAUAUCUCUUAUUACCAAGCCAAAGAUCUCAGCAGAAAAGCAACAGAAGAGACCAGAGAAAUGUGGAAAAUAAUUAGUGAUCCUCUUUUACGCUUAGACUAUGAACUUUACGGUACAGAUACCGAAGUAGCAAGUCACAUUCAUCUUGAAUCAUCAAUAAUGUUCUACCUUUCAUGAAUUAUUACUAUCAACAUACUCUCUUUCAAUACAAAAUCAGGAAACGUAUGGACACGCUUAGUCAUUCCUUUAGCUAUUAUUGGGGCUUUUGAAUUUGAUUUAAAACUUCGAAAAACUGUGAGAUUUCCGCUAGAAAUACUACCACUAACAUUAUUGGAGCAAGUAAAGUUACUACAAACUCUUUAUGCAGCAUAUGCUUUGUUUGCUAUUUUGAAUUCCCAAGUAAAUGAUCAGGCUAAAGACAAGGAAGAUGAAGAAAAAUGGAAAGCACUUAAAGAAAGCAACAAAGAACUUAAACAAAUAUCUGAAAAAAUAAAUGGAGAAAGCAUGGAAGAAAUCAAAGAAUAUUUAGCUGCAAUUGUAUUGCCAAGAAAUCUGGAACAAAACCAGCAAGAAAGCCCGCUGAUGAAAAUAGGGAAGAAGAUAGGAAUGAUGAUUCUCGUUUAUAUAAUAAUUAAUAAGAUUGGCUAA